AUGAGCCGCUUUAAUGAACCCAAUGCCGAGUCUGGCUCCAGUGGUGACCACAGCCUAUCGUCAUCGAUAUUUGCCCUGCUGGACUCGCUGUUUAAGCCUGUGCCUGUUUCCAAUUUAACCAAGAACCUCAUGUCAUCAGGGCAAAACAGAAACCAGCCUGAAUCUGCUCCUCAAGAGUUUAACGCUGGCCAACUGUCUCACCACCAUGGCAAUCGGCCCGAAGGCUUUUCCUACUCCAGAGAUCCCUCGUCUUUUACAGCAGGUUCUGUCGAUUCUUCUAAUAAGUUCAUCCCGGCUGGCCUGGUGACCUCCGCAUCGCAGAACCUUGACCCUUCCCAGAGCCUUCCUCCACAUUCGAUAUCGUCUCUGUUCACCUCCAACCCACACCAUGGGUUCUAUAGACAAAAUGGCAACAAGCCUGCCAACAGCAACAUGAACUAUAUUCCUUUGGGCCAUAACGCUCCUAAUAUGGUUUCGUCGUCAUACACCUCGAACUUUUCCCAUACGCCGUCUUUCCAAAGUGCUUCUGCUCAGUUCAUGGAUAGAAAUGAUAGCAAUAUGACCAGCAACUCUACGGGGAUGGUGCCAGGCAUGGCGCAUCAAAACGCUCCCCAUGUACAAACUGGGUUUCUUCCUUCAUCAUAUUCAAAGGCGCCAAUGGGCCACGGACUCCCCACCACUAAUCUUACCAUGAAUUCAGUCAAUUCUAGCUCAAGCCCAUACAACCAUGGCUCUGACUUUCAUAGAUCCAGCUUUUCUGCUACUCCACAGCUGUACCAGUCACAUUUUGAGCCAGGCUCCCAUUUUCUGAAUCAGGUGGCUCAAUCGCUACCCACCGGUGGGUUUUCCAAUCGUUCGCUUCCCCCAAUAAACCAGCGCUCGUCUCUUGCCCAAGAAUCGCCAAGUGGACCUACGAAUUUUGCAUCACAACCUUCACAGCCGCAGGCCCCCCUGGUAGAACCUACUCCUGUCGGUUCAGGUGCCCCAGAUUUUAGCCAAAUCAAUCAAUUCAUAAACACACCUGACCAUUACAUGACAUAUGAUGAAUACUUGGAGAAACUCAACAAACGUGAUGCAGAGGCACCACCAACGGACGAGAAUGGAUAUGACGAGCAUCUUAAUAUUGUGAAGUUCCCCGUGAAUGAUCUCAUCACAAUGCUUGCAUGUCUUCUAACUAAGAUCAUUGAAGCUAAUGAUAAGCUUCAUCCUAAUCAUUUUGACACAACCAUAGCUAUCAGACAGAAACUAAAGGAGGAGAAGAAAAAGAAGAAGUUAGAAAAGGAAAAGUCCAGACAACAUUCCAUCGACAGUAUGACGUACUCGAACGAUGGCAUCAACACUACAGUGGAGCACAUUGACGAAGAUUAUGCGAACUCGUCCGGAGACGAACAAGACGCCGAAGAUGAAUUAAAGAACAGAUACUUGGCAAAUGUCCUUGCAUUUCACGGAACCAACAUUCCUGGGAUCUCUCUUAACGCCUACCUCACGAGAGUGCUCAAGUACUGUCCUGUGACAAACGAAGUGUUCCUUUCGCUUUUGGUUUACUUUGACCGAAUUGCCAAGAAGGCCAACAACCUCAAGAAAAACCUGGAGUUUGGAGACGGAAGUGGAGACGGGAAUGGAGACGCUGAGCAGCUUUUCGUAAUGGAUUCGUACAACAUCCACAGGCUCAUAAUCCUGGGGAUCACGGUGAGUUCGAAGUUCUUUAGUGAUAUUUUUUACAAGAACCUUCGGUAUGCCAAAGUUGGAGGACUCCCAUUGGAAGAGCUCAACUAUUUAGAGUUGCAGUUUCUUCUUUUGCUCGAUUUCAAGCUCAUGAUAUCUGUUGAAGACCUCCAAAACUACGGUGACCUUUUGCUUAAGUUCUGGAAACGAGAGCAAUUGGCCACUGACCUAGUGGAUACUGCUAACAAGGCGGAAGCAGGCUCCGCGGCGGCUAAUACGUGA